AUGGGAAUUGUUGGUGGCGGUGGUGGUGGUGGCGGUGGGGUUGUUGACUCCAGGUGUUUAUGUACGGUUUCUGUGCUGGCAUAUUUUAUUUUGAAUGGUGUCAUUUGUUUAUCCUUUAUUUGGCCAAUGUUUUUGGCGAGGGCCUUCCGUUCUGUGUUGGAAAAGGUAUUUUAUACCCAAUUGGUUGGUGCCAGUGGGGUUUUCAGCUUUAAGAGUAAGUUUCUUGUAAAGAUAACAGCUGCGGAUGCUCUCCAGAGUCUUCCCUUAAACAGAAGAACUAGAAAAAAAUAUAUAUGGGGGCCAAUAGAUCCCUUCACCGCUUCAGGUUGGAGACGGCAUAAAACCUUCUUGGUGAAUAAAUCUGCUUCUCUUCAGCAGAGCUUGUGGCAACUCCCUUCUUUGAAGUUUCUUUAUUGUACUAAAACUCUCUGCCUCAUGAAGAACCGUAGCCGUUUUUUUUUAGUUGGAAUUACCAUGAUAUAA